AUGUUGGACGUGAGCAAGGGUGUUCUGGCGGUCUUCUUGGCUGGGGAAGUUAUCGGACACCGGGAAGCGGAGGUGGCCGCCGGGCUCAUGGCUUUAGCCGGCCACAACUGGCCGGUAUUUCUCGGAUUUCGCGGCGGCCGAGGCAUUGCUACAGGGGCGGGGGCUCUAUCGGUCCUCUCACCUAUCGCCGCCGCUGUUGCCUUCUCCACUUUUGCGGCCACUACUCUGGUCAGCCGUUACGUCUCGCUGGGUUCCAUCGUGGGAGUUAUUGCGGCCUGUGUCACCCUGGUGGCCUUGUAUCUGCUGGGUCAGACGUUCAGCGUCUAUACCCUCUACGGUUUUCUGGGCGGCGCCAUCAUCAUCUGGCAGCACCGGGACAACAUCCAGCGAAUCCGUGAUGGCAGUGAACGCCGCUUGGGAACUCCGGCGACAAAGGCUAAUUGA